GGCUCAGCACAAGCGCGGCGGGGAAGGCGCGUCAUUGUCCUCUGCGGCCUCGUGGGCAGCGGCAAGUCGUCGUUUGCACGCGCGCUCCAGACCCACUUUCCACGCUACGUGCGCUGCAACCAGGACGAGCUGGGCUCGCGGCAAAAGGUGCAGCUGGCCGCCGAGGCUGCCCUGCGCUCGCGGGUCGACAGCGUCGCCGUGAUUGACCGGACAAACAUCGACGAGGGCCACCGCAAGCCGUGGGUCGACAUGGCCGACCAGUUUGGCGUCGAUGCAGAGGCGAUGAUGUUCGACACGCCGUACGAGAUCUGCCGAGAACGGCUAUUGCUGCGCAAGGACCACGAGACGCUCAAGGACCCGCAGCGUGCGCUCGACGUCCUGUCCCGCUUCCAGCGCGACAUGCGCCCGCCCACGCACGCCGAGGGCUUCCGUCGCAUCCUC